AUAAUUAAAAAAAUGUCUGGUUCGUGGAUGGCGCCACCGCGUCUCCUGGUGUCGUCGCUGCUGGUCGCCGUGCUCGCGGUGGCGGCCGCCGAUGUCGCCAAUGCCGGCGGCGCCAAGCCCCUGACGCCCGGCGGGCGCGUGGUGCACCACAACCACGGCAAGUUCACCGCCGGCGAGUGGAAGCGCGCCCACGCGACCUUCUACGGCGGCCGGGACGGGUCCGGCACCACGGCGGGCGCGUGCGGGUACAAGGACACGCGGUCCGAGGGCUACGGCGUGCAGACGGUGGCCGUGAGCUCGGUGCUGUUCGGCAAUGGCGCGGCCUGCGGCGGUUGCUACGAGGUGCGGUGCGUGGACAGCCCCGACGGGUGCAAGCCGCCCGGCGCGGCGGCGGCGGCGGCGGCGCUGGUGGUGACGGCGACGAACCUGUGCCCGCCCAACGAGCAGUAGUCGGCGGACAGCGGCGGGUGGUGCAACCCGCCGCGGGAGCACUUCGACCUGUCCAUGCCGGCGUUCCUCCAGAUCGCGGAGGAGAAGGCCGGCAUCGUGCCCGUCUCCUACCGGCGGGUGGCGUGCGCGAGGCAGGGCGGCAUCCGGUACGCCAUCGCCGGGAACAAGUACUUCAACAUGGUGACGGUCACCAACGUGGGCGGCGCCGGCGACGUGGCGGCGGUGUCGGUGAAGGGGAGCAAGCGCGUCAAGUGGACGGAGCUGAAGCGCAACUGGGGGGUAGUGUGGCAGACCGGGGAGGACCUCACCUGCGAGUCGCUGACGUUCAGGGUGAUGACCGGCGACCACCGCAAGGCCACGUCGUGGCACGUCCUCCCCGAGGACUGGAAGUUCGGCGUCACGUACCAGGCGUCCAAGAACUUCUAAUGAGUAGCCAUCACUCUCCCUCUUCUUCAACCUGACAACCGCCUGCAUCGCAAGCAGCCAUGCAAUGCAUGCAUAUAUAUUUGAUUCUUUCGCUGAUCAUGCCCUCAGAUACACGGUGCCGGAGUUUAAAUCUUUUUUCUUUGUUGAAAAUCAAUGUGCAAAUUCAAAUGAGAAUGGUCAUUUUAACCAGUCGUGAUCAAUCUGAACUGCUAAUGCAUGCACACACCUAAGCUACUACCUCGGCUAUGCUGGGCUCUUAUUAGCUUUGAACAGCUCCAGACUCCACUGUGCGUCUGGAUGACUCCACUGCUCUAACAUGUAUGGGCACAAGAUGUUUGGAGAAUUAUUCGGGCUCCGUUCGUUUAUUUUAUAAGCUGUAUUUUUUCUGCCAGCCAGCAGUGUUUUUUCUUUCGUAAUUGAAAAGUUAUAACUGAAA